AUGGAUCCCAUCAUCCCCAACACCACUUCCCCAUCUUUAGACACUGCUUAUCGAAAUUUCGCAGAUCCACAUAUGUCCAGAAGAGAACUGAACGGAAAACAAUCUGAAAAUGAUUCAGAACCGCAACUGAAGACAGUUAAGAAAACUUUCCAUCGGGAGAAUGGAAUUUCAAUCAUUCUACAAUGCAGGAAUCUUAUGCCCAAUUCGUUGCUGCCUUUACAGGACAUGAUGAGAUUGCUUUCUACACCUCAUCUGAUUUAUCUUCAAAUACCCCAACUCCAGAUAAUCCACAAGAAUGUGGCAUAAUCCGUGGUUACUUGAUAGAAGAAUCUGCAAGUGACGGAAAUAUUCGUUCAUCGAUAUCGUGGGAGUUCGUUCAAGAUAUUCCCUAUCCGAUGAAAUCCCUCGAUUUUGCUUUACAUAUUACUAGAACUUUAAAUUCUCAUGAUUUGGGAACACCAUCUGAUAUAGUAAGUAUCUCAAAACGAGACUCAGUACUACCACUAACACCCACAGAAACCUUUCACAAUCUUCAUCACUGUGGAGGAUGCAUCUAUCAUUGAUUUUACUCUAUCAUAUGACACAUAUCUACUAUCCAAUUCAGAUGCUCCGCAUAUAUUCGACGCAGCUGUUUCUUAUUUACGACGUUCUCCAUCAAGUGAUGUUGGAACGGUAACGAACGAAUCGAUCCUAAACUUCCGCCACUAAUUAGGCCACCAUCGUUCAUUGAGGAUCAAGUAGAAUUGAAUCUUCAAGACGAAUAAGCUUUCUUACACUCAGCUUUCGAGCGCCGGGUCGCUCAAUAUCCAAAUCGAGUUGCAUUGGAUUUCCUGCAAUCUCAAAAUCCAGAAUCGAAAUCCACUGUGCGAAGAACUUUAACAUACUCACAACUAAAUGAGAUCGCUACGAGUCUGGCUGAGUAUAUCAUAAUAUCACGAGGCCAACAAGAAAUUGGCAGCUCUAGAGUUGUACCUAUUCUGCUUUCGACUUCUGCCGAACUUUACAUCGCCUAUUUGGCGAUUUUGGAAGCAGGUCUGGCGUUUUGCCCUCUUCCUAUUGAGGCACCUCCCCAGAGAUUGCAGAACAUUCAUGAAGACCUGAUGCCUCAAAUCAGUCUGGGUUCAGAGCAAUAUCGUCAUAAGCUUUCUGCCGUUUUAUCAGAUUCUUUGAAGUGGAUCGAUGUUGAAUAUUUCAUUCACAUGCGGAUGCUUGAUGGCAUAGCCAACCAAAAUCCUUCAUCGUUUCGUGUGCUAGCAAGUCCUGAUGAGAAAGAUAUCGCAUACGUAAUGUACACUUCUGGUUCAACGGGUAGGCCAAAGGGGCUACAGAUAACUCAUCUUGCAGCAGCUUGCUCCAUUGCAUCGCAUGCUAUCACUUCACGAUUGCCACCAUCAUCGGAAGCAAUACCAAGAUGGUUUCAAUUUUCCGCACCAACUUUCGACCCUUCGCUAAUGGAGAUAUUUGUGACGUUAUCAACAGGAGCCACACUUUGUUCUGCGUCACGAGACCUUACCUUGACAAAUUUUGAGGCUGUUGUGUCUGAAUUACAGGCAACAGUCAUGAUGGCAAAACCUAGUAUGGCAGACCUUCUCCGUCGUUCCAAGCUUACUUCGCUAAAAAGCUUGUGGACCAUGGGUGGGAGUGUUCUGCGAAAGAAUAUCGACGAAUUCGCGCGUUUACCUAAUCCGGAACAGCCAUCUGAACUUUGCAAUGCAUAUGGCCCUACAGAAGCAGCUAUAAACUGCACAUUAACUCCUAAUUUUCAUCCUGGCGACAGAGGUACAAUAGUCGGGCCAGCCUUGCCGACAUGCUCGCUAUUUGUUUUGGAUACAAUUUGAUGAUAUUGAAUCGAGGCAUCUACCUAUCUGCAGCGAAAGUCUCGGUAUCUCUCCGAAAGAUAUCGCCAAGAUCCUGCCAACUACUGCGACGCAGUCCGGAAUGCUGACAAGUUUCUUGCGAAGUUCUAAGGGGAAUAGUAGGGAUUCAUAGUCAUCGUUUAUAUUGCUAAAGAUUUGCUAACUUACUACUGCAGGGCAUUAUAUACACCACUCCGUUCAUAACAUCAACUCAUCGGUUGAUGUUUCACGAACCUCAAAAUCUGUUAAACCUGUUCCAAGAGGAUUUGCUGGUGAGCUUGCAAUUGGGGGGCCUCAAGUCAACAUUGGGUACUUGAAUCGACCAGACGAAAACGCCAACUCAUUUGUCGUCAGGAUGAUAUGGGAGGAGCGCCUACUUCAUGAUGAGCAGGUGUCUCACCAGUAUCACUUUUGCGGCGCUCCACUAUGACGUUUCUCAACUUUAGGGGAGUUGCACCUCCAAAUACAUCAGCAAUACUGAGCUCAGUGAUGCCGACAUCUCUAGCUAGCUGCAAAAAGCGAAUAGCUUUCAAACUGUCAAUACCAAGAGCGAACAAGUUAGUGUUAGAAUCCAAAUUAGCGGCAGAUUCUACCAGCUUCGACAAUAGGUGGCAAAUCAGUUUCUCGAUUUCGUCUUGCCAAUAAGAAUCCAUCGAACUGAUAUCUUCACCACUUUGGAUCGAAAGAGUGGGCUUCGAGCCUUCCUCAUUCCAAAAACUUUCCAUCAUAGCAGAUAGAGCUUUUCUGUCAAUCUUACCAGCCAAAGAUUUUGGCAUCUCAUAUAAGACAAAAUACUUCGAGGGACACAUGUAUGAUGGAAGGAGUCGAGCUGCGUUUUCACGAAACCUGAUUUACACAUCUUCCUUGGUGUUACCCGCUUCAUGUAUAAUGAAACAAACAGCGUCCUCGCUAUCUGCCUGAUCGGCGAAUCGCUUAUAUGAGACUGUCACCGCCUCUUUGAUUCCUUUGCAACUCGACACAACGGUAUCAAUUUCGCCCAGAUCAACUGUCCUGCCACUGAGCUUAACUUGGGAAGUAUCUAGGCGUGGGAAGUAUCUAGGCGUGGGAAGUAUCUAGGCGUGGGAAGUAUCUACGUGUCCAAGGAACUCCAGGAAAUGUUGACCUCUACGAUCAGUUACAAUCCGAGCCUUGUCUCCAGUAAGAUACAGCCUCCCAAAUUCACUCAAGCAUUCCUGGAUAACCACUGUCAAACGCCAUGAAUCAUACAGGAUGGUUUUCGUCGCCAUUGAUGAUGCUUUAUCGCCGUUGGGACAAUGUGUUCUGAAAGAAUCAUGUACCUUGAGUCUACCAAGCUGGAAGGUAGUAGCUUGCGAGUCCGACGACUUUCAGAUUAUGGAUAAGUUCAUACAAUCGACACUUCGUGAGGCCGAGGACGAAAUAGUCUUGUAUAGACCACCAUAUCGAAUGACUCUUAUCCAAUCACCUACCAAAACGUUUUUCACUCUCAACAUUUUCCACGGCAUAUUCGAUGUUGCUUCAUUACAAAUCUUGUUUGAUGAAGUUGACCUGGCAUAUCGUGGAUCGGAAACGCCCAAAAGAACCGGAAUUUCCACCGCGGUAGAUAUGCACUACCAGUCAGAUGCCACACAAACAGUCGAGUUCUGGUCCUCUCAAUUAAAAGAAUGUGACCCUGUUCCUUUCCUAUCACUUACUGGCUUGAGACCAGAGACAAUGACAAAGCUGCCAUUGACAUCCUCAAUCAAAGCAUCAAUUGGUACUGAUAACUUGCGUGAUGGUGCCAUGAACUGCUCCACCUCACCACUGAGUAUUCUCCAGGCGGCUUGGGCAUUGAUUCUUACCACUUAUAAGGAUUCCAUACACAGCUCAACUUUUGGAAGCGUAAUGUCUGGUCGAUUGAAUGAAGACUCCAAAGUUUGUAUGGGUCCUACUUUUACCACAGUACCGAUCAAUAUUCCUGCUCAGUUGCUUGAGUCAGAAUCAACCAGUGUUUCCUCGAUAUUGCAUGAGAUAGCCAAGAUAAAUGCAGAAUCUCUAAGUCAUCUUCAGAUACCAUUGAACUCUAUAGUAGCACCAAAGGGAGGAUUGUACUACGAUACUCUCCUGGCGUUCCAGGACUUUUCGAUCGGCACGAACCAUUCUGAAUUGUGGUCGAAGGUUGAAUACCCUGCCAUGGCCAACGAUUUUGCUGUCAUGAUUGAGAUCUGGCCUGAGGUAUAUGGAUCUCUUCGUCUCAGAGCGACGUAUACAGAUGAGCUCCUGAAUGAUGCAUCUGCUACCCUGAUGCUGCAGAAAUUCAGUGAUCUUAUCAGUUUUGUCAUCCAUAAUCCCGAGAAGCUUUACAUAAAUGGUCGAUAUGAUAUGCCACUGCUCCAUCAAUAUACCCCCAGAUCUUGUCAGCCAAAUUGACUGGGCCCAGCGCUCUUUUACAUACCGAUUUUGAACGAAACUCAAAGAUGAACCCGGAAGAUGUCGCACUUAUCUUCAUAAACAAUUUCAUGGCUCAAGAUCCAGCAGCAAACGUCAAAUGGACAUUUGCUGAGCUUGAUCGCAAAGCUAACCGACUUGCGUCUUAUCUCGUUCAGAGAUACGGUCCUUUGGAAAACAAAGUUGUUCCCUUUCCUAUAUACAAGUCACCGGAGCUAUACGUGGCAGUCCUUGGGAUUCUCAAAGCUGGUGGUGCUUGGUGUCCAAUUGAUCCAACUAUCCCAGCAUCCCGCAGACAUGGUCUGAUUCUUAGGACAGAUGCUAACAUGCUCUUAGUGGCAAAUAAUACUGUUAGUCAAGACGGUCAAGCCAUACCGCAAGGAGUUUCCUUGAUAGACAUAUCGGAGAACAAAGCAACGAAUUCUAAUUUCAUCCUCGACAAAACCAAACCAUCAAAUCUACCCAUAAUCAGAAGCAACUCUAUGACAUACUUGAUAUGGACUAGUGGUACAACAGGUCUGCCCAAAGGUGUGCAAGUCCAACAUAGCGCCGCUGCCACAGCCAUGCAAUCAUUAAAGGAAGCCAUACCCGCAAACCGUUUUGGAGAAGUCCGAUGUCUUCAGUUCUCACAACCAACAUUUGAUGUCUUCGUUCAAGAUCUUUUCUACACAUGGGGUCUUCGUGGAACAGUCAUUGCAGCAGCCAAAGAUGUAAUGCUUGGUUCUUCCCCUGAUCUUGCCAAUAUGACCAAUGCUACACAUGCCCAUCUCACCCCUGCUUUUGCAACAAUUGUGUCUUGCGCACAUCCCAAAACACUCGAAAUUAUUACAAUGAUUGGCGAAGCAUUACCUCAGGCUGUUGCGGAUGAUUGGUCGCAGAAUAUGCUCGCGUAUAACACUUAUGGUCCUGCUGAAGUGAGUGUUGUAUCCACAGUCAAGCAAUUUGGCGGUUACGAAAAUUCUUUCAAGAGCACAAAUUUCGGACUACCAUUACCGUCCGUUGGCGUCUUUGUGAUUAAUAGCGACCGAGUUGUGAUGAGAAAUGGGGUUGGUGAAUUUACCCUGUCUGGUUCACAGGUAGCCCGUGGAUAUUGGAAAGACCCGGCCAAAAUCGAAGAAAGGUUUCAUUGGAAUGAGAGUUGUGGAGCUCAUAUAUACAUGACUGGAGACAUUGUUCGUCAACUUCACAAUUGAAGUCUGGAGUUUGUGGGACGCCGUGAUGACUUGGUUCAGAUCAACGGAAUGCGGGUUGAGUUAAGUGAGAUCAGUUUUGCUCUCAGCCAUUGCCAUCCAGAUACCGAACAAGCUGUUACCAUGCUCAUGGCCCGACCAGAUCGCCCGACAAAAGUUUUGGUGACUUUCUUGUCAACACCAAGUAUUUGUGCACAUGACUUACUAAUUAUAAAUGAUCGCGCGGUCGAAGUCGCCAAAGCCACAAUAGCCGUAUCAAAAGCAAAUCUCCCCAAGCAUAUGAACUCCAGAAUUUUCGUGGUAUUAAAUUGUAUCCCAGUGACUGCUUCCGCCAAGGUCGACCGAAAAGUAUUAUCUGCCUCUUAUGAAGCUUUAGACCUUGAGUCAUGGGAAAGUAAUUUCACCUCAAUCCAGGAAUCAAAUUGGACAGAUGAGGAGGAACGACUUCUCCAGCAUUUUACCACCUUUUUAGGGACCGAGAGCAAGAAUUUCCAAUCAAACAGUAGACUCGCAACAUUAGGUUUUGACUCAAUUGCUGCAGUUCGUUUUACAGCGAGACUGAAGACAGCCCGUUACAAGGUUUCGGCUGCACAGGUAUUGCACUGUUAAACUAUCGCAGAUCUCUGCAACCUAUUCGACAAGCCUGCCUCCGAUUCAACUUGCCUUGAUACCUCUCAUAGGUUACUUGAUGUAUUCCAUCGCGAUUGGCUCCCAUAAGUUGUGGAAAAUUCUGCGGUCCGCGACGAAGCAUUUGUUGUUUGCCCGACAUUGCCACUGCAGGAAAAUCUUCUCAGCGAAACAUUCCGCAAUUACGAAUACUAUUGGAGCAACCACUUCUUUGAACUCUCUAAUGAUGUCGAUCUCGAGCUUCUGAAUGCUGCUUGGUUUCAGGUUGCUCGUAAUAAUGAAGCCCUCCGUAUUGGAUUCUUGCCAACGGCAUCUGUAUCCGCUCAAGCAAAUUCCGGCUUUGGUGCAUCAACAUUCCUUCAUUGAUAUACAAGAAGCCAUCUGUGGACUGGUCUAUUAUCACAGUUACGAACGAAAAUUUCCCAACAAGCGCAAAAAGUUGUGCACAACAAAUCGCUCGGAAGCACCAAACUAGUGCAUUCAUCAAUUCGCCAUGGGCUAUCGACGUGUUUGAAAGGGAUGAUGUAGGAAAAUGAUGCUUUCAAAACACCAAACUAUUCACGAUGGACCUUCCUUAAAAUUUAUCAUUGAUGAUCUUCAUGAUGCAUAUGUCGCCCAGGAAGGGCUACUCAGCAAACAACAUCAAAUACGAGAAGCCAUUGCGAUCUCAUUCAUGACAAAAACCAGCUCACAAGAAGAUAUGGUCUUCUGGAAGGAUACCCUUAAAGACUUUGUUAGUAAAGCAGAUGACAGUGUGGAACAAAUGGUUAAAGGAAACAAAACUCGAACCUACAAUACCAUAUCCAUUCCUCUUUCUGUCUCGAUAUCUAAGCUGCAAACUACAGCUCAAGAAUUUCAAUUCUCAUCUGCUAAUUCUAUCCUCAGAGCCGCCUGGGCAUGCAUCGUGUCAGAUUUCCUCGAAACCGACCAGAAGAUAGUCAUUGGCGAAGUUUUGUCAGAACGUUUGGCAGCUUCUUCCCUUGAGGAUAUCGUCGGACCUCUAGUUUCUUUGACAUCAGUUCUAAUUUUCACUUCUGGUACCGCUCGAGAGAUAGUCGUCAAGCAUGGUUCAACGAACGUCGCUGCAUACAAGCACAGAGACGCCAAUCCGGCAAUGCUUCGUAAGCUCAUCGGGAGACCUAAAAACCAGCCACUCUAUCCUGCAGUCUUUGUUUUCCAUCCGCGAAGUACCGAGAAUGAACAAAAACAUGAGCUCUGGACCGAGAUUGAAGAUUUCUUAGGUUUGAAUGUCGAACACGAUCUUACAUUGAAUGUGGGGGGAAACGCAGCUGGCGGCUUCGAUCUAGUUGUCUCAGUUGAAGCAGGUGUACUGGAUAUCAGCGGUGUCAAAAUUUUGACCAAGCAGUUAGAUAUUUGGUCACUGCGAUGAUCUCAUAUCCUGAUACCCCAAUCCGAGAUCUCACCAACGAAUUUCCCACCGAGUUGAUCGCCGUCACUAAGUUCCGCGAAAUGAAAUUGGACCCUAUCGUCGAUUUGAACAAUCCUCUUUGCUGGUUUGAGCACUGGGCAGAGACACAUCCCCACUGGGCAGCAGCUGAAAUUGCGGAGUCUAUUGGCCGAAAUUCGAGCAUAAUCCAUACUUGGAGCUACUCGAGAUUAAACCAUGAGGCCAACCGAGUUGCUGCAUUCAUCUCAUCUCAUGGAAUCCAUGGUCGCAUGAUCGGUAUGUGUCUGGGUCACACACUUGUAGCGUUUGCCGUCACAGUCGGAAUCUUCAAGUCUGGAAACACUUAUCUACCCAUCGAUGAGAAUUUGCCAAUUGAGCGAAAGGCAUUUUUGUUGAGAGAUAUUAACUCUGCUAUAUUCUUCUCUGAGGAAUCCGUUGAAUUUGCUCCUGGAGAAUGCCUGGCUGUUAAUGUUAAUCGUGACCAAUUCCAAACCGAGAGCGAUGUCACUCAGGAAUCCGAGAAGAACAAAGACUCAGUCGCUUACCUCCUCUAUACUUCUGGGUCAACAGGUAAGCUUAAGGGACUGCUGAUCAGCUGCGGCAAUCUCACCUCUUCCUGCGAAGCUCAAUCCGAAUUAAUUUGCGAGAACGUACCUACCACUCGUAUUCUUGGCGGAAUUGGGAAAUUCCUCGGGCUAGCGAGCAGAGCUUUUGAUGUCCACGUUGCUGAAAUGUUCCUGGCAUGGCGACAUGGUCUCUCUUGCAUUACCGGAAACAAAUCCAUGUUACUAGACGAUUUGCCUAUGGCGUUACAAGAGUUGAAAGUUACACAUGCUGGCUUUGUACCAUCGCUCCUAGAUCAAUGUGGUUUGAUACCGAGCGAUGUUCCCUUGCUGAAGUAUCUGGGUGUGGGUGGUGAGAAAAUUUCUCAACGGACACUUGAAACCUGGGGUGAUUCGAAUAGUGUUACUUUGAUCAAUGCUUAUGGUCCUAACGAAGCUACGAUUGGUUGUGCCUCCUCUGCGUGUGUCAAUUCGAAAGCAAAUAUGAGGAAUGUUGGACGACCUCUAGGAGACACUGUUGCUCAUGUGCUCAUUCCUGGCACUCCCACUUGCCAAGAGAGGAGUGGAGGGCGAACUUUGCCUGACAGGGAGUCUCGUUGGUAUUGAUUAUCAUAACCGUGAUACUGGUGCAUUUGUAGAGAAUUUCCAUGGCUCUAGAAUGUAUCGCACAGGAGAUUUGGUAAUAUUAAUGCCCGAUGAUACGAUAGAGAUUUUGGGCCGUUCAGACGAUCAAACCAAGAUUCGCGGUCAGCGUCUUGAACUAGGUGAAGUUUCCGGAGCAGUACGAGCUCUAUUACCAGCUGGAAGUAAUGUGUCUUCUCUUGUUACGAAACACCAAGAGCUUUCCAGGAUGCAAUUGAUCUCGUUCGUUGCUAGCAGGAAGGCUACUGAAAAGGAUGAGAAGGUUGAGAUGUUGGAUUCUUUCGAGGAAAUAAAUGUCAACAUUCGUGCCGGCUGUAGAGAACGACUUCCUGCUUACAUGGUUCCGGGUGUGGUUAUUCCAGUCAACUUCUUGCCGCUCGCUGCUAUUUCUGGCAAAGCAGAUGUGAAGCAACUCAAAUCUAUCUUUGCUUCAAUACUACUAAGUCAAUUGUUGUCUGCCGAAAAAGGAAUCAACCGGAACCAAAACUGUUACUGCCCGUGACUUAAACGAGCAAGAACUUGCUGCGGUUGAGAUACUCAAGAGUGUGGUGCCAAUUACCUCCGCAGAGUUCAUUCCAUCUACUAAUAUCCUCGGGGUUAGUGUCGAUAGUUUGGUAGCCGUCAGUCUUUCGACAUUGAUGAGAAAGGCUGGGUACACAUGCAGUGUUGCUGAUGUUCUUAGUAUCGGCACGGUUGAAGAAUUGGCAUUGUUACCACGUUCCGAUAACACACCUGAACAGACAGCUACAAACAAGGAAAAUGCCCAGAAGAAACUUGCUCGUGCCGAAGCUGCGUUUAGAGCGAGUAUCAUGGGAAAGAAGUCCGGGAUGAACGUUGAGACUGUCCGACCCUGCUUACCAGUCCAAGAAGCUGUUGUUGCUCGAUCAUUAAACAAGAACUCCGGUGCCUUAUAUGUUAAUCACAUCACUUUUGAGCUCGCUUCUGAUAUCGACAAGUCGAAAUUGUUUCAUGCUUGGAAAUCAUGCGCAGCUAUCCAAAAAAUUUUGAGGACGUGCUUCUGCCAAAUCAAUGAUAAUAUCUUGCAGGUUGUACUCACAAUGACUCUUUUGAUAUGCCAUGGGCAGAACAUGUCUACACCAAAUCUAGCAGACAUUGCACCGCAGCCAAGAUGCAAGAAGCAAUCACUUUAGACAUCAUGCAAAACAUUGAGAACAUGCCACCAAUACGACUCAAUGUCUUCACAGAAGGAGCUUCGAAAUCCAUACUCUUGAUUUCCAUGCAUCACGCGCUCUACGAUGUCGAGCCUUUGAGUAUCUUAAUGCAGGAUAUCUUAAUGUGCUAUCAAGGUAUACGGACACCUGAGCGACCUUCGGCUGGAGCGCUCGUCGAAUAUGUUGCUUCCCAAAACGAACUUGCUGCGAGAAAUUUCUGGGUGAAGAGAUUGGGAGAUUACAGCUGCCCUCUUAUUCUCAAUGAUGAAGUGAACGAAGACGAGAUUGAAGCCCAGGUUUCCACAAGAAUUUUGAAGAGCAGUUUGAGCUUACUCGAGGCCUUUGCAUCCAGGCUGCAUGUUACACUUCCUUGUUUAACACAAGCUAUCUUCGGCCUUGCCAUGGCAAAAUUGCUUUCGAUCAACGACUUCGUGUUUGGUCUCAUUUUUUCUGGGCGUACAGUACCCGUACCUAACAUCGAAAACCUUGUUGCUACUACAAUCACUGUGCUGGAUAUCUUAACCUCGCUCCAGAAGUUUUCGGGUCAAAUGCUUCAAUUCCAACAUAGCUCCCCAAGAUCCAUCCACAAAUGGGUUGAAGCUGACCGCCCUCUUUUCAACUGCCUGUUUUCUUUCAUCAAGACGGAAGAAGAAGAAGCGGAUAAUGGACUAUGGAAAUUGGUCGAGAGUUAAAUGCCCCCGGAUUGUACAUUUGCUGUCGAAUUUGAUGAUAGUGAAGAACUGCCCGAAGAGCAGACCAUCAAGGCUGUAUUAAUUGGGCUGGGCGAUUUCGCAUCAGGUAAUGUCUCCAGAAAUAGCACUUUCUUCCGCCUUGGCAUCGACUCCGUCAUUGCAAUUCGAUUUGCCAAGGAAUUGAGAAGCGUCGGACUCGAAGUUUCGUCUUCGGAUAUUGGAAGGCACCCAAGCAUUGCAACUUUAGCUCCAGCUAUUGCUAGCAAGAGCAAGACCCAAUCUACUGUAAAGCCUAUUGCGGUUAAGACAUCGAAUUUGUUAGAUCAACAUGGAGCGAGCAUCCCAUUGUUGACAGAGAAUGACAGGAUCACGGAUGUCUAUGCUCCUACACCUAUGCAAACUGGCAUCUUGACUCAAACAGUUACAACUGGUGGAAAGCUUUAUCUUCAUCAUCCUGCUGUCAGGCUAUCUGCCAAUGUUGAUAUCGAGCGUCUGAAGAAAGCAUGGGCUUCAGUGAUUGAAUCUCAUGACAUUUUUCGAACCACGUUUCAUUAUUUCGAGGGGUCUGCGAAUCCAUGGUUGGCCGCUGUACAUGAGAAUCCAAAUAUUCCGUAGGUAGAGGAGCAAGCAUCUAGGUGGAUAGACAAAAGCAUCGAGAAAGUUGUCGAAAAUACCAGUUUCCCCACUCCAGACUCUUUCUCCAAUACCCCACUCAAGGUAACAAUUAUAAAUUCGUUUUUCAUGAAGGUACUAGUCAUUUCAAUCCAUCACAGUCUAUAUUAUGGAUGGUCAUUACCCCUCAUUUUCGAUUCUUUGUCAACAGCAUACUUACAAGGCAUUUCGACACCCAUGACUCCAUUCUCUGAUGCUGCAAAACUCAUCAACGAGCGACAAGGAAACAGUGUCAAGUUCUGGCUGAAUAGACUGGACAAUUAUCAAAGCAUCCCCAUACCAUCUACCAUCACUCCAACAGAGACAACCUCCUUUGCCACGACAACCAUACAAAUGCCCGUUUCCGAGAUCCUUCAGCGCUGCCAAGAGAUGAAUAUAAAUCUGCAAUCCGUUGCUCUACUUGGAUACGCCAAAACUCUCUUCUGCUUUGUAAAGCGCCGUGACAUCGUUUUCGGCCAUGUCGUCUCUGGACGUUCCCUGCCGCUUCCUGAUGUUGAACAAGUCCUUGGUCCACUUUUCAACACUGUUCCUCUCCGCGUUGCGCUUUACAAUCCUUUACUUGAAACCAGGACUACGCUAGCCAAAUUCAAGAUGUGGUUGUCCGGGGACAGGAAAACCAACACGCUUCUCUACCAAAUAUUCAGAAGUUCUGGCGCCAGAAGAAUGCUUUCACAGACGGUGCUCUCUUAGAUGCAUUAUUUGUGUUUCAGAAGGUCGGAGAGAUGAAUGGACCGCAAAGUGAGAAACUCUGGACCUUGAUGGAUAUGGAGGAUAGUCGUGACGCUACUGAGUAUGGAUUGAACGUUGAGAUUGAACAAGGAACGGAUAAGCUGAUCGUUAGUGCUGAUUCUCCUGCUGGGCGUAUCAACACCGAGGAUCACGGCUUGAUCUGUAACACCUUUGAUCAUGCCUUGAGAGAUAUUUUUGAAAACCCACAGAGAAGGUUGUUGCUUAUCCUGAGCAGUUACACGAUUUGCCACUCGAGAGCACACCAAAGAGCAGGACAGAAAUUUCAGAUGAUCAUAAUGUGCCAAUGCUUGAAGUUGUUCGUGCAGCUCUAGCGGAGGUGGUAAAUUUACCUACAGAAUCUGUGUCGUUAUAGACUAGCAUCUUCUGCAUGGGUGUCGACUCAAUUGCUGCAAUUCGUGUAGCAUCUAUCUGUCGCAGACGUGAUGUACCGAUAACCGUUGCUGAUAUCCUCCAAGGAAACUCUCUUGGUGGUGUCGUCCGAAUUCUCGUUUCAAAGUCGAAAGCCAAUACUCAACAGCACGAUGAGAGGAGAGAGCUUCUAUCUCCCGAGUGCAAAGCGAGUGCACUUUCACUACUCAAGUACCCCGAGAAUACAGUGGAGGAAAUCUUACCUGUGAUCGCAGGCCAAGAAUAUCAUCUGGCCAGCUGGCUUAAAUCUGGAAGAACUUUCUAUGAACCCACCUGGGCUUUCCAAGCUUGUGAGAAGAUUGAUACGGCUCGGUUGGGUACUUGGGUACUGUGUGGAAGGAUCUUCAAUUAAGACAUCCAAUUUUAAGAACGGUAUUCACCGCUCCGAUAUCUGAAUUCUCCUAUCAGAUUUUAUUGAAACCAGAGGUCAUUAACGAUGAAACAUUCACCGUUCUUCCAAUCCAGUCAACAAAUGAAGAUUUGGUCUCGGCUGUCAAACGUCAAGUCUAUUACUGGGCUCAAAAUCCUGCUACGCUUUUCACUCCACCCAUCAGCCUUUGUCUUGUACAGACCGAAGCAGCAGAUGCAGUGUUGUUCAGAAUUCAUCAUUCUUUAUACGAUGCGUGGAGUAUGACUGCUCUCAUCAAGGAAUUUUGUGCUCUUUAUACACAACCUGAAUCAGUCUUGCCUGCCACACCCGAUUUUGUUUCGUUCGUCAAAUACACUUAUUCAUCCCUCUCAGCACCAUCUGCACUCGCCGAGCAAAAGUCCUACUGGAGUUCUGCACUGAGAUCUGCACAACGGACAAUUCUCGCUCCAGUUACCGAGGACAAGAAAAAUGAACAAGACAUGACCCAAACAUUCGUCUGGAUCAAACGCGCCAUUCCCAAUCUCAGCACUCUACACACUCUAGCCCGCGCAAACAGCACAAGUGUUAAUACAAUUAUAAUGUUAGCAUUUGCGCACUCUCGCAAGAAUAACGGGGACGACAAAUCCUACGUUUGGAUUCUUCCAGGUGGGAUGCUCAAGUAGUUUUGAGGGUGCGCCAACGGUUAAUUUGCUGCCAGUUUCAAUUGCUGUUUCCGCAGGAUAGGAAAAGGAAAUACUGGAAAGUAUUCAGAGGGACAUGAGUAAGCGGGUGGCAUGGGAGCAGAGUCGCUUGAUGGAUGUGGUGACUUGGGCACGAGGUGUUGAUACGGUAGAGGAGCUGCAACCACUGUUCCUGUUCAAUGUAAGUUUGAACUUGCUUUUCCAUAAGUCAGGCGAGGAAUCCACCAUUGCAAAGGAAUCUGAAGAGCUGUUGAAACCACUUAGUAUCGGUGUGCCCACGGACUUUGCACCGAACAAAAGAAUUGAUGGAGAGACGGCGGUGCAGAAUAUAGAUACCAAGUACUCGGCGAAGAGAAACUUGUUUGUAGAUGUUGGGGAGGGAGAUAAUGAUUGUGUAGAUUUUGGAGUUAAGGUUGACAAGGUUCUGAUGGGAGAAGUUGAGGUGAAAAGCUUCGUGGAUGGAGUGGUGGAAGAGAUUAGGAAGGCCGUGGCGGAUGGGGAGUAG